AUACAUCGACUCUGUAGAGAUCACACAACAGGCAUCUCAAUAAAGCAACAGUUAUGAUUAUUUUAACAUGGACUACAAGCAUGGUAAUAAGUGGACAUCCUGACAGGAAUUACUAAAAGCAGUAUUGUUCCAUUGGGGAGACACUUCUGUUGUCAGUUGGAGUGUAGCUGUUGCUCUCUAUAAACACAUCCACUUUCUUCUUAUAAAUAGUUUACAGAGACAAAUCCACACGAAGAUGGUGUUGAGGUAAGGCACAGGGUGAAAACACAGCCAGUGUCAGACAUAGAUGGAAACUAGACAGGGGAAACUAUUCUCACAAUGCCGAAACAUCCAUUUUGAAAGUUUACGUGUAAAUAGAGACGUACGAAAACUGUUUAUGUUGGUCCACUUAUUAUGGCACGUUACACAUCUCCACCCACUGGCAAUGUAACCGGAUAAGAAGACAGCCUGACAGCUUGACUCACCAGUCACAUUUAUAGCAUCCGACACCCCCAGAAAAACACUAACACUUGCAACAGCCCCCACACCCAUUGCCCACCAUGGCAGGCAGUUUGGUCAUCAACUUCCCUGAUCUACCCCAACAGCUGUAUAUCUAAACUUGCAGCCCCUUAGCUGUGCAGCAACUACUAGUGAGUAGAGAAAGGGGGACUAGAAAGUAGGACAGAGCAGUCUGGCCCCUUUCCUUUCGAACCAGAAGCACAGAUUUGCGGCAGGAGGAAAGAAGACAUUAGUCUUGGGUGGAGAGAGAAAAAGAGACAAGAUUUUCUGGGAAGCUUGCUGCAGUCACUGAGGAUAAAAGCCCCUGGGACACAGACCAGUGUGUCCUCGCUGCAGAACAUUAGAUUUUAUAGAUUUUUUUUUCUAUCAAGGGGAGAAUAUUCAGUGAACAGAAAUCUCAUCACCUGGAAACAUGCACAAGCGUACAAAGAUAAAGAUUGCCAUCUUCGUGCUGCUGGUGGGUAUGGCAUGCAUGUUCACUGCAGUGGUAACGGACCACUGGGCCGUGCUUAGCCCACGGGUGGAGAAAGUCAAUGAGACCUGCGAGGCGGCCCACUUUGGCCUGUGGAGGCUGUGCAAGAAGUACAUAUACAUCAGCUCGGAAAACUUUGCGGAGGGGCUCGGCUGCGGACCCAUCAGCCUACCUGGAGAGGAAAACUGCACUUACUUCAGGCAUUUCACUCCAGGGCAGGAUGCUGAGAUAUUCGAGUACAAAACACAGAAAGAAUACAACAUCUCGGCUGCAGCCAUCUCCAUCUUCAGUUUGGCCUUCAUGAUCUUCGGCUCUCUGUGUUUGAUUGGAUCAUGUACUGGUAAAGGCAAAGGAAGAGACUACCUCCUUAAACCUGCUGGAAUGUUUUUUGCAUUUGCAGGUCUCUGCUCCUUCAUCUCACUGGAGGUGAUGCGUCAGUCGGUCAAACGCAUGAUCGAGAGCGAGGAAACAAUCUGGAUCGAAUACUACUACGCCUGGUCCUUUGCUUGUGCCUGCACCGGCUUCAUCCUCCUCUUCCUCACUGGCAUCGCUCUUCUCGUCCUCUCCAUGCCCCAGAUGCCCAGGAAUCCAUGGGAGACUUGCAUGGACGCCGAGCCCGAGCAAGCUGAGUGAUGGGACGAGACUGACUUGAUUUUUUUUUUUUAGUUUUGAGUACAAUUAGAUUAAUUUCAAGAACAAGAGCUCAUCAUCAAAAUAGUAAGAUCAAAAUAAAGGAAAACCGGCGCUUGUGUUAGUGAGUCAUUGCCAUGAUGGGAAAUGUACCUUCCUGACAUUAAACUGAACAUGGGCCUUUUGUACGAGUUUAGUCUUCUGCAACACUUAAAGCUUUAUCUUGUUUACGUUUCAAAUCUGACCUGUGGCUUUAAACCCACCUUGCUUCUCGGUAAGAGCAGAACUCGCCCACAUGGCAUUUUUGAUAUGCCUUCCUUUUCCUCUACAACUCAACCUUUACUGCUGGCAUAUCUAGAAAUAAUGUUGAUUGAUGAUAAGUUAUUGUUAUGCAUCUGUGGUCUCAGCGAGGCUCCAAUGUGUCAUCGUCACGCACAUCUUAGCUAAAAAAAUACAUUAGCAUUUUGAGAAUAAAAGAAGUACAGCAACGGCCCGACAUCGAAGUAACUUGAUUUUAUGUACUGCUACUGCAUAAUGUAUGAUAUCUUGUACAUAGCUAAUGUUCUUCUGUAUUUUUUAUGGAGUCGCUCAAGAAGUCCCUCACAACGUCAAUUAAGUAGGUCAAGAUCUAUUUAUUAAAGUGUACGUCAAUAGGAUUUAUAAAGAUAAACAAUGUCGGAUUCAAGACGAAGUUGAUGCUUAAACGGAUGAUUUUGAGCGAAGCAGCUACUCAGAGCAGGUUUGUGUGUGUGUGCAGUAGGCUGAAUGCUAAACACCCACCCAGUCUGCAGCGACAGUCUGGUUGGAAAAGGUUCAGUUCUAGCAGGUGUACAUACAGGGGCCUUUUAUUUUUUAUUGACAGCUCCCAAAACAAACUGGGUUCAGAUUUCCGAACAGACAGCUAAAAACUGAUAAUGUAGAAUUCAAAUCAAUAAUGUGCAAUGUACACCUGCAGAUAUCAAAAGCCUACCAGCCGGAUGUUUCUUUUUACAUUGCUUGACGCCACCUAUGAAAUGGCUGCUAACGUUUGCGUAUGGAGCUGAAAGAUAAUAGAUUUUUGUGCAGAACUCUGGUGUCACAUCAAAGCAGACCGCACUGUUGAUGUUUUGUCAGAGCUGCAACUAAUUAUGAGCUUAUGAGCUCAGGGUGGGAAAAGAAGUUUUUAUUCAGUUACAUUUCUUUAGACUGUCAAUGACAACUGAGGUAAAAAAAAAAAAAAAGUAAAGAAACAAUCAAAUAGUUAUUAGUGGAACCUGCUGACAUGAACUUUCUAUACUUAUAGUCUGACUUAUGUCUUUUUCAUUGGUUAUGGCAUGCAGUUAUGUUUUGGAAUGCAGUAGCUUUUGUGUGUGUAAUUUGCUACAACUUUGUAAUGAAAAUUAAAUCUUGAUAAGCUUUGGAAAA